AUGGCCCUUGAAACCUGGUUGAUUAAAGUUAAGGAAACCAUAUCCAAUUCCAAGGCUUCAAAGCAUAAAAAACCCAACUUUGUCGGGGUUUUGUCCUUUGAAAUCGCCGGACUUAUGUCGAAGCUUCUGCAACUUUGGAAUUGUCUUUCGGACAAGAACAUGAUUCGGCUUCGACAUGAAUCCAUGUCUCUCGAAGGAAUCCGCAAGAUUGUAUCGAACGACGAGUCUUUCCUGUUGGGGUUAGCGUGUGCUGAAAUGGCUGAGAAUCUCAGGCUGGUAUCAAAUUCUAUUUCCAGGAUGAGCAGCAAGUGCCGGGAUCCAAAUCUUCGGUGUUUCGAUCGGUGGUUCGAUGAGUUCGCCAACUCGGGUCACGAUAGCCAUGGAUGGGUUCUGAGUUCCAGAGAUAUGGAAGCUAAGAAGACGAAGAUGGACAAGUACGUGACCAUUACGGUGACUUUGUACAAAGAAAUGGUGGAGUUAACCACAAUCGAAAACAGUUUUAGAAAGUCAUUCCAAUUUAAAGAACACGAAUCUUCAACAAAAGAGCAAAAGAUCGUUGAUCUACAGCAAAAACUUUUCUGGCAAAAGCAAGAGAUUAAGUACUUAAAAGAGAGAUCUUUAUGGAACAAAAGCUUUGACGAGGUUGUCCCCAUGCUUGUUAGAACGACUUUCACAAUUUUGGGAAGAAUGAAGCUUGUUUUCGGCUUCGAGUACCCGCCUUUGUUACCUCGAAGCCUAUCAACUUCGGCAACCGUUCAUCCGAUCGUAUCAGGCCCAUCGAGGAGUUGUUCAAAGCAAGAAGCAAAAAAGACAGUCGGGUUCUUCGAGUCGAACUCGAAGGUUCUUAGGCCUCCUCCAUGUACGUUAGGUGGCGCAGGGCUGGCUUUGCACUACGCGAAUUUGAUCAUCGUAAUGGAGAAGAUGAUCAAGUCGCUGCAUUCCGUCGGCCCCGACUCGAGGGACGAUCUUUAUUCGAUGCUGCCUAGCAGUAUUCGAUCGACUCUUGGGGGUAGACUAAAAGGAGUAGGGUUCUCGGCCAGUGAUCCGGUGCUUGCCGGUGAAUGGAGAGCAGCUUUGAGGAACAUCAUGGGUUGGCUAUCGCCAUUGGCACACAACAUGAUCAAAUGGCAAAGUGAAAGGAGCUUUGAGCACCAGAAUUUGUUGCCUAAAACGAAUGUUCUUCAUCUUCAAAGUCUCUACUUUGCAGACAAAGAAAAGACUGAAGCAGCCAUUACCGAGCUGCUAGUGGGUUUGAAUUACAUUUGGAGAUUCGAAAGGGAGAUGACAGCAAAGGCCUUGUUCGAGUGCAGCAACUUCAAUGGGUUGUUGAAUUCACAAAGUUGCAGAUGA